GGGGAGGAACCUGUCUGACUCUGGCGCGCGCGCAUGCGCAGUGCGCGUGGGCGGGGCCGCGCGGCUUUGGUGCAGUCCGGCUCGCGCGCUGCAGUCCCGCCAUGGCCGCCUACCGGCUCGUGCUGCUGCGGCACGGCGAGAGCGCCUGGAACCUGGAGAACCGCUUCAGCGGCUGGUACGACGCCGACCUCAGCCCGGCCGGCAGCCAGGAGGCGCAGCGCGGCGGGGAGGCGCUGAGAGAUGCUGGCUACGAGUUCGACAUCUGUUUCACCUCUGUCCAGAAGCGGGCAAUCCGCACUCUCUGGAUAGUGCUGGAUGCCAUUGACCAGAUGUGGCUGCCUGUGGUGAGGACCUGGCGCCUCAAUGAAAGGCACUACGGUGGCCUGACAGGCCUCAACAAGGCUGAGACAGCUGCUAAGCAUGGGGAGGCCCAGGUGAAGAUCUGGAGGCGUUCCUAUGAUAUCCCACCACCUCCCAUGGAACCGGACCACCCUUUCUACAGCACCAUCAGCAAGGACCGUCGUUACGCCGACCUGACCGAGGACCAGCUGCCAACCUGCGAGAGCCUGAAGGACACCAUUGCCCGGGCCCUGCCUUUCUGGAACGAAGAGAUCGUGCCCCAGAUCAAGGAGGGCAAGCGCGUUCUCGUUGCCGCCCAUGGCAACAGCCUGCGAGGGAUUGUUAAGCACCUGGAAGGCAUGUCCGAAGAGGCCAUCAUGGAGCUCAACCUGCCCACUGGCAUCCCCAUCGUCUACGAGCUGGACAAGAACCUGAAGCCCAUCAAGCCCAUGCAGUUCCUAGGGGACGAGGAGACUGUCCGCAAGGCCAUGGAGGCUGUGGCAGCUCAGGGCAAAGCCAAGAAGUGAAGGCAGGUAGUGGAGGCUUGUGAGCAGUAGAUGAGCCCCCUUCCCACCCCUCCCCUGCCCAGAGUACAGAGCCAGCUCCCUGGGACCUGCACCCCUCCGCAGACAACCCUGCAACCCACUGGCCAGCUAGACUGCAGACAGCUGGGAGCCUCUCCUCAGUAGCCAGGCGGUAACAGCCUCCGCAAGGCUCCAGCGAGCCCUGGGCUAGACAGUGCCUGUGUAAGGUAUUGGCCAACCCAAGCAUUCCCUGGGCCUUCCCAGCUGUGCUUGGGGAGCUCUUGUCGUCCUCACGAGUUUUACAUUCCAGGCCUGUGAGCGAGGGGCCAAUGCUGCUGUGAGUCGGGGACCAGUCUUGCGCUCUCAUGCCCCUGGGGGGUUUGUCCCGGUUUACUGCCGGAAAAGGGCCAUGGUUGGGGUGCUGCCUCUGUAGGGUGUUCUCGGGGUGGGGGAGCGCACUGGCCAGCGACUGUACCUAGCUCUCUAAUGUAAUGCCUUCAACCACGGACUGGGGAGGGGGCGUAUGGAGGAGUGUGGUGUGGAGCUAGCGUCGGCCCUGCCCUUGAACUUCUACUGCCACGGCUGCCCCCUUGCCUGCUGUGUAGUGCUAGUGAAACACAGCUCCUGUAUGUUAGCCCACGCGCGUGUGUACCUGGCACUGGCCUCGCUGUGCGCCUGGGUUUGCACUGGGUCUAGUGUAACUGUCCAACAAUAGCGGUUGUCUCGUUAAGUACAAUAAAGGAGUGAUGUGCAAUA